UCCGCCAUGACAGCAGUGUGGCGUCAGAAGCCAAAGCGAGAGGAGGUGCGUUGCUGCUGCUCCUGAGGCCCACCUAUGUAACAUGAUGUGUGAGUGUACUGAGGUGCUUGAUGUGACCACUAGCAGCACCAGCACAUCACGGCCACCAGCAUGAGCAGCGUGAGGAACAUCAGUGAGCUGCUUCCUGACGAGCCCAUUAAAGACCCAUUUGAGAAGGAGAUACAUUUUAACAAUACCGUCAGAGAAUAUAUUGUGUUCCUGGUGGUGUUGCUGCUGCUGUCUGUAGCCUCCCAUGUGGUGGUGCUGCGGUACAGGCGGCGGGAGGUCCCUCACCUCCCGCCGCCCCGCCACGCUGACGACGACGAGGCCAUGGUGGACAGGAUAGCGUUGUGGCUGUGCACCUUCAGCCUGUCCGUGUCCCUGGGGGCUGUGCUGCUGCUCCCCGUUAGCAUCCUGAGUAACGAGGUGCUGACGCUAUACAGGGAUUCCCUCUACGUGCAGUGGCUCAACCUCUCCCUCGUCCAGGGUCUUUGGAAUGUUAUUUUUCUGCUGUCCAACUUGUCUCUCUUCGUGGGCCUACCCUUCGCCUACCUCUUCACGGAAUCAGAGGGCUUCCCCGGUUCCAGAAAGGGACUCCGAGCUCGUGUGGUGGAGACAGUGGUGGUGUUGGUGUUGCUGGUGGUGCUGGUGUUGGGUGUGGCUGUCAUCAUUUCCCUCCUGCUGGGGUACUAUCAGGAGGAGAGCCUCACGCAGAUGAUAGAUGUGUGGGGCAGCUUCUAUCUCCCGUUCCUAUACUCCCUCAUAUCAUGCCUCGGUGUCCUCAUGCUGCUGUUGUGCACGCCGGUAGGACUGGCACACCUGUUCACCGCGAUGGGGCGUCUGGUGGUCAAACCUGGCUUCCUGCGUGACCUGGCAGAGGAGCACCAGGCAGCCGUGUUAUUAGAGGACUCCCUGGCUCGCCGCCUGGUCCGACCCUCCAUGCCCCACGCCCAGCCCCUCACCCGCUCCCUGGCCGCAGAGCCCUCCCCUGAGGAACUCCUGCAGCAGUACCGCAACGCUCGCACCAGACGAAUAAGACUGGAGAAGCGGCGGCGAGUGGGAGUGUUCCAGCGGACCCUGGCGUACCCGCUGGCCCUGCUGGUGCUGCUGGCACUGACGGGCACGGCAGUGUUCAUUGUGGUACUCAACACCCUGCAGCUGCUGGUGGGCAUCAAGGCUCUGCCCCUCGCCUCAACCCCAGCCAUCCUGGGGGAGGCACAGCAGGGAAAGAGGAUGGUGCUGCUGUCAGUGCUGGGGCCGGGUGGUGCAGUGCUGGAGGUGGUGCUCAUCCUGUACCUCAUUGCCGCCUCACUGCUGGGCUGCUACUCCCUGCCGGGGGUGUCACGUAUUCGGCCUCGCCGUGGUGACACUCCAAUGGUGCACGUCAUUGCCAACUGUGCCAUUGUGCUCAUCCUCUCCAGUGCCCUUCCCCUGCUGGCCCGGACCCUGGGCAUUACUAAUUUUGACCUGCUGGGAGACUUUGGGAAGAUCAGUUGGCUGGGCAGCUUCUGGAUUGUGCUGGGCUACAAUGCUCUCUUUGCCUCUGCUGCUGCCUGGUGCCUUGUCAAGAAGUUCACUGCCACCAUCAGGCACGAAAUAUACAUGAGGUUCAAGUUGCUGGCGAUGACGAUGGUGAAGAGGGAGACCUUCAAACUUCCGGCACAGGUCAUGAAUGGAACCAUCAUGAACACAAGCAACAUCAAGGAGGAGUAGUGAGAUGAGGAGGAAGGCCCACUCACCUACCUCCUCGCCCCCCUUAGGCAUCGCUAUCCCCCUGAACGAGUGUGUGAGAGCAAGAAGUAACUGAGUCAAGGAUGCUAACAUGAGACGCACCUUUUUUUUCUGGUAUGAAUGUUAGUAUGCAUGGCUAUAGUUUGGGCCCAGAGGGAGUGAGAAGAGGGCGUGCUCAGUCAGACCUUAAAGCAGUCAUGGUAUUUAUUUAUUGUUUAUGUGCAUUCCUUGUUUGCUCUGAGGCUGAAAUCUGUGCUGUCUCUCUUGGUGGUCAGGCUGAACACCUCCUCCCUGCAGCACAUCCUGGACCCUCUCAGUCAGGGCCACUCAUGACUUGUGGAGUAAAAUGAUAUCCAUUUAUUUAUUAUGCAAAGCAGGAACGUCCAGUGAUUCUCUCACACUAAUGACUGUGUCCUCAAAUAUUUUGGUGUCUUGUUUAUACUUUUUGUAGGCUGUAGUGGUGGCUAUUGGGGUUCUCUAGGGUGUUUUCAUGAUUCCAGUGAUAGUUUAACAAAGCUUCUGUACUACCAGUGAGAAAAAAUACCCUUGAGAAUCCAGGUGGUCAUCUUUGUGACCUUCGAGAAGUAUUGACAAGAGAACAAAGCAUUUAAGAAUAUAGGCUUGUGUCGUUGCCAAGAAGGGCCACCUACCCAAUGGUUCCCUUACUGAAUCUUGCAUCUCACCCUCAUCGACCUUUAUGACAGUGCAGUUAACUAGCAUUUCCCUGUCUGUGUUGUGGCUGUGGCUCUGUGUUGUGUGCUGCAGCCACCUCUGUGAUUCUCCUGGUGCAGCCUUGGCAGUGCAUGUUGCAUUACUUUCAUGAACCCUGCUGAGCUCUCUAGUGGAAGUUAACACAGGGUGAACUUGAGUAUUUUUGUCUUGUGUACUUCUGUAGUUACCAAUCCAUAUAACACACACACACACAGAUACACACACACACACACACACACACACACACACACACACACACAGUAUUCAGGCAGCUGUAGAUAUUUAAGUGACCCGAAUAGAGUAACGUUUGGGAUAUUUCUCAAGCCAUUGUGAAGUUAUGAGUGAAAAAGGAAUGGUAAGAGUUCACUUAUUUGAAUUUAUCAGGAUUGGAGUUAAGGGUGGCUAAAUUUUGUGAGAGUAAGAAUAAAGUUUGUAUAAUCCUAAAUUUUGAGAGUGAGGAUAAUUGUAAGGUGUUGGCAAAAAAGAGGAUAAAGACAAGAUUAACUAACACAUCAUAACGUAGUACCAACACACACACACACACACACACACACACACACCUACAAGUCUCUCAGCCAAAGACUUUCUUGUGAGCAUCUGUCGUAAGUGUUUCCUGUGUAGGAUUAUUUACCCUGCAAGUCCCUGUCAUCCCUCGCCUUCCUCCCUCGCCUUACCUUACCUGUGUAUCUUUGCUCAAAGUUGUACAAGAUUGGUGUGUGCUUCUCUGACCGGUGGUUGCUGGGGUGCGUGAGCUUGAACGACCGAUUGGGAGCAGCGCCAUCCUUCCUCUCCUUGGUAUUAGUGCUCUGCCUGAAUGUGGCCAUCAGGUCCAGCUCCUUGUCUCUCACAGUAAAGGUUGGCAUGCCAGACACUUGGUAUGACCCUUUCCUGUGGCUGCACCUUCUUUACCUGGUUGGCCUGACUGUUUGUGGUACCCUGGCAGUCACCAGAGACGGUCGUCUGAGACAAUAGUAAAUGAGCAUUGUGUUGACAUGUGUGGUUGACUGUGGCUGAUGACUAGUGGAAGAGUGGAGGCUGGAGGAGAGGAGAACUGUGAGGUAUGAGGAGUAGGAGGAAGAUGAUGAUGGGAAUAUUGUAUGAUAGGAGGAGGAGGAGGAGAUGAGUUAGAAUUAUGAGACAGAGAAGGAGGAAAAGAGGAAGGUGGAGGAAGAGGAACAGAAAGAGAGGAAGGAGAAGGAAGAGAAGAACAAGGAAGAGGAGCAUGUAUAUUAUACAACCCUUUUCUCCAUCCUCUUCCUUAAGACUGACAGGAAGAGGAGGAUGAGACAUUCUGCUCCUCCACAUCUUCUCUCCCUUUACUGUGACCUUUCUUCUGCCUGACCUUCACUGUGACCUGUGACCUCUUAGACUUAGCAUCUUGACCCUAGCAGUUGAUUUAGGGCCAUUAUUAGUGUGGCAGUGGCACGUGGCGGGCUGCAGUGUGCGGUGGUGCGUGGUAUUGUCUUAGGGAUGGUUUGCAUGGUCAGCUCCACCACCUGGUUAGUGUUCUAGAAGAGGCGGUGAUGUACCACACCUUCCGGUCAGGCUAUCGUUGUGGUAGGGUGUGUGGUGGCGUGUCUAUAUUUAAUUUCUGCCCCAAGGUGAUGUUGCUGGUGUGUGUGUGGAACAUUUAUUGCCAUUAAGUGUAUGUAAAGACCUCGUGGAGUGUAUGUGUGUAGAUAGUGUACAUAGGCUAAGUUGUAAUGGCUAAUAAGUUCUAAUUCUUACAAGGUGUAUGGUCAUAAUAUUGUGUUGGUGUGUGCCGCGGCCAACGAAACACCAAAGCCAGGAGGAGGCAUGGGACGGCUGGCUGGUAGCAUGUCCUGCAGGGUUCGUGUCCUUCCCCACAAGACUGGCGGAGGUAAUCCCACGGUGGGCUGUCAAGUCUGUAUAUGGUUUUCAACUUUUAUUAUUUUUGUGUUUGGGAGUGGUCUGAAUGGCGCUCCAGUCCAGCUCCACUCCUUCCGACUCUCCACACACCCAGCACACAUCAUGCCAUAUUGUUGCCUCUGCUGGACAGUUAGUGGCAGUCAUUCAGCUUCUCACUGAUGGGUGUAUAAAUUUCUUAUAAUGAGGAGCUCAUGAGUUUGCUGAUGUGUAUAGAGGUGGCGGUGUUGCUGUGAUGUGGGUGGGUCGGGUGAGGAGCAGCACGAGUGGUCUCUGCUCGUGUUCUAAGUUAAGGAUGUACCACAAUAACUUUAGUUUUAUACUUUUAUUUAUAAUUUGUUAAUGGAGGAAUCUUGUGUUAUUACUACCAAAGUGUUAUAAUGCAUUAGAAUUAGUUAGCAUUGGUGGUGGCAGCAGCAGCAGCAGGCAUGCUGCACUGCUGCGGUGAAGCAUUGCUCUUGGAUGCUGGGCAGCACUGGCAUUCUUACGUUUAAAUCAAAUUGUGAUAACAUAACUUGGAGGGACCACUUGGUAUGGGGUCACCUUCCCAGAAUUUCCAUACCUCUUUGUUAUUUAAGAUUUUGAUACAUAGUUUGGUGUUUAUUAUUAGCAUGUACUUAAAAUAUGUAAAUAAUUUUCACAGAAUCCUUUUGUCAAGUGGCAGUUGUACUAGUUUGGUCGGCAAGUCCAGUGGAGCCAGUCUGUGGUGCCCCAGCCAGGCAGGGAGUCAAUCUGGGGACCUCUGGCCAGACAGCCUUGCUCACACAAGUUGUUCACUGUGCUAACUCAGGUUCAUUAUCAUGUCAAAGUUCUCAGUGUGUUAGGCUGAAGUGUUUAGUGAUUGACGACAGCCAGCUGGGUCACCACAGCAUCCAGUGAUGUCAACACCAAUGGGUGUAUUCUGUAUCUUGAGUGUGACUCUUGCCUCUCACCAGUGAACACUUGAGACACAAGAAUUAAGUGUACAUUGUGGCUAAGGAAAGUGUAUCUUUAGAGGCGACACAGAAUGAACCUUUGCCUUAAGUUACUCACCACAGACACCUGUGUGUGGUGUGAUGCGAUGCAUGGAUGAGUGGGUGGGUCACGGUGCACUUGUCACACUUCCUAACACAAGUCAUCACAGAUGUAUCUAAUCUGUCAAGACACAGUACACAAGCUGUGCUGACAUUCCACUAAUGUGGAAAUAUUUUCACCUGUGUGUUCCUAUAGAAUUUGUAGGAAGUAUGUGAAAGUCUCAGCCUAGACAGUUUCAAAGUAAAUAAUGCAAUUCUAAUGAAUUUGGACCAUCAGCCCAGUUCAUGCAUGAACUUUUCUUAGACAUUGCUUGGACAGAGGUUGUCAGGAAAGCCCAAUCUGGUCUUUGGAAUUUCUUUGCACAAGUGUUAAUUGUAUCAGAAAAUGUUACACAGCAUUAAAAGAUGUUGGCAUUGUGACCCAGCCAUUCAUAGUGUUAGGCAUCAGAAGUAGUGUACACCUUAAUCCCUCAACAUUAAGCAUACAUGUAUAAGUAAUGCUACACACACACUGUAGCAUUGGUACAGUGUGAACUCAUCCAUGCUUUGCCAUUAGUACUCUUGUGCCAAAAUACUUGAUCUAUCCUGUCUGGUGCCUCUUGUUGGAUCCAAGCCUACAUUUCUGAUGUAAGGAAGUAGGGAACAGUCAGACAAUGCCAGUGUCUUCAAGACCUUUAUUGUUGUUAUUGAUCUCAAUGAUACACAAAGCUAAGGCAAUCACAAGUAGCAUCCUAAACACAAUGGAUACUCACUAGCACUCCUGUUUACAAAUAAUUUUUCAUGACACUGGUAUUGAAUUGGAAAUUGGGCUUGGUGUGUGGCCAGUAAUGUGUGUAACAAGUGUGUUUGAAGUGAUGAAGAUAAAUUGUGUAUGAGGAUCCCUGUGUGUGUGUGUGUGUGUGUGUGUGUGUGUGUGUGUGUGUGUGUGUGUGUGUGUGUGUGGAUCCAGGAGCAGGGGGGGGUUGAAAGCCCUGGUGUGUUGUUGCCUGUGGUAUGUAAACAUACUGUGGGGGACAUAACCUGGGUCCUGUGGGCUGUGGUGGAAAGAGAGAGAGAGAGAGAGAGAGAGAGAGAGAGAGAGAGAGAGAGAGAGAGAGAGAGAGAGAGAGAGAGAGAGAGAGAGAGAGAGAGUGGUGGGGGGGAAUUGUCCAUCUUGAUCUUCCAUUUCAGCAGCACUGUACAAGACAGGCCACACAAAACUUUCCUGUUUUGAAGCCACACCCAAGAGAUGGCAGGCAGAUAUAUACUAAGGGCAAAAAUGUGUCAAGAAAAUACUGACCCCACUGGGUACACAAUGCCCCAGCAAAUUGAGUUCACUCUGAACAUUAAGCAUGUAAUACAAGUGCAUAUCCAAAAUGCAUGCAAGCAUAUCAGUAGAAUGUAACUUGUGUAAAACACUCAGGAGGGAUAAAUACAACACUGGGAUGUUUGAGGGGAGGGAGGGACCACUGCUGCUUACCAUUAGCUGCAGUAGUGGGGACUGUACCCAUCAGUGGGCAUGUUACACAGCCAGGCAGCGAACACACCUGCUGUGAGAUUGAGUGUAGCCUGGUGGUGUCACUUGUAUCCUAUGCAGUCCUGUAGGAUGCUGGCUCCUGUAUGUGCCGCCACAACCACCAUCACCACUGUAAAGUUAACUAAAUAAAAUGUCUUUCUCUGA